GGCGGAGUGUGGGGCCUGUGGGCAGAGCAGCCGUUGCUUUCUGGGUCGCGCGGGUGCCGCCAUGAAGCUGUUGUGGGGGGUCGGGCUCCUCGGCGUCCUGCUGCUCGCCGCAUCUGUGCGAGCGGACGAGGUGGAGGUGGAUGCCAGGUUGGAAGAUGACAUGGGGAAAAGCCGUGAAGGCUCUCGGACGGAUGAUGAAGUGGUCCAGAGAGAGGAAGAAGCUAUUCAAUUGGAUGGUUUGAAUGCAUCCCAGAUAAAAGAAAUCCGAGAAAAAUCUGAGAAGUUUGCAUUCCAGGCAGAAGUUAACAGAAUGAUGAAGCUUAUUAUCAAUUCUUUAUACAAAAAUAAAGAGAUUUUCCUGAGAGAGCUGAUAUCGAAUGCCUCUGAUGCUCUAGAUAAGAUAAGGCUAAUAUCGUUGACUGAUGAAAAUGCGCUCUCUGGUAAUGAAGAGCUUACUGUUAAAAUCAAGUGCGAUAAAGAAAAGAACAUGCUUCAUGUUACAGACACGGGCAUUGGCAUGACCAAGGAGGAAUUGAUUAAAAACCUGGGUACUAUUGCCAAGUCUGGUACAAGUGAAUUCUUAAACAAGAUAACUGAAAUGCAAGAUAGUAGUCAGUCAACAUCUGAGUUGAUUGGUCAGUUUGGUGUUGGCUUCUAUUCUGCCUUCCUUGUAGCAGACAGAGUUAUUGUUACAUCAAAGCACAACAAUGAUACUCAGCACAUCUGGGAGUCAGACUCAAAUGAAUUUUCUGUAAUUGAUGACCCAAGAGGAAACACCUUGGGCCGAGGCACCACCAUAACUCUUGUUUUGAAGGAGGAGACCUCUGACUACCUUGAGCUGGAUACAAUUAAGAAUCUAGUCAAGAAAUAUUCACAGUUCAUAAAUUUCCCCAUAUAUGUAUGGAGCAGCAAGACUGAGACUGUCGAAGAACCCAUUGAUGAGGAAGAAGCAAAAGAAAAGGAGGAAAAAGAAGAAACGGAUGAUGAGGCUGCAGUUGAGGAAGAAGAGGAAGAAAAGAAACCAAAAACUAAAAAAGUUGAAAAGACUGUCUGGGAUUGGGAGCUCAUGAAUGACAUCAAGCCAAUUUGGCAGAGACCAGCUAAGGAAGUUGAAGAAGAUGACUAUAAAGCCUUUUACAAGUCAUUCUCCAAGGAACAUGAUGAUCCUAUGGCUUACAUCCACUUCACUGCUGAAGGAGAAGUAACAUUCAAGUCUAUCUUGUUUGUUCCCAACUCGGCUCCACGUGGCUUGUUCGAUGAAUAUGGAUCCAAAAAAAGUGAUUUUAUAAAGUUAUAUGUCCGGAGAGUGUUCAUUACUGAUGACUUCCAUGACAUGAUGCCCAAAUACCUCAACUUUGUGAAAGGUGUUGUUGACUCUGAUGAUCUUCCUCUGAAUGUAUCCCGUGAGACACUACAGCAGCAUAAAUUGCUAAAGGUUAUUAGGAAGAAAUUAGUCCGUAAAACUCUUGACAUGAUCAAAAAAAUUGCUGAAGAAAAGUACAAUGAUACAUUUUGGAAAGAAUUUGGUACCAAUAUAAAACUUGGAGUGAUUGAGGAUCACUCCAACCGUACUCGGCUUGCUAAACUUCUUCGCUUCCAAUCUUCUCAUCAUGAAAGUAACCUUACUAGUCUGGACCAGUAUGUAGAAAGAAUGAAAGAGAAACAAGACAAAAUUUACUUCAUGGCAGGUUCGAGCCGAAAAGAGGCUGAAUCUUCACCGUUUGUGGAACGUCUUCUGAAAAAAGGUUAUGAAGUGAUAUAUUUGACUGAACCUGUAGAUGAGUACUGCAUUCAAGCUUUGCCUGAGUUUGAUGGUAAGAGGUUCCAGAACGUUGCUAAGGAAGGAGUGAAGUUUGAUGAAAGUGAAAAAUCUAAGGAGAGUCGGGCAGCCUUGGAAAAAGAGCAUGAGCCACUCUUAAAUUGGAUGAAAGAGAAGGCACUGAAGGACAAGAUUGAAAAAGCUGUGCUGUCUGAACGCUUAACUCAGUCUCCGUGUGCGCUUGUGGCUAGCCAAUAUGGAUGGUCUGGCAACAUGGAAAGAAUUAUGAAAGCCCAAGCAUACCAGACUGGCAAAGAUAUCUCUACAAACUACUAUGCUAGCCAAAAAAAGACACUUGAAAUUAACCCUAGACAUCCAUUGAUUAAGGACAUGCUCAGACGCAUUAAGGAAAAUGAAGAUGAUAAAACAGUUGCAGAUCUUGCUGUGGUGUUGUUUGAAACUGCAACUCUAAGAUCAGGCUAUAUGCUACCAGACACAAAGGAAUAUGGAGAUCGAAUAGAAAGGAUGCUACGUCUAAGUUUAAAUAUUGACCUUGACGCAAAGGUAGAGGAGGAACCAGAGGAAGAACCUGAAGAUGUAACUGAAGAAGCAGAGGAAGAAGAAGAGGAAGUAGAAGCUGAUUCUGAAGAGAGUGAAACACAGAAGGAAUCCACAGAUGUGAAAGAUGAACUGUAAACUUCAUUUUCACAACUAGCAUCCUGUGUCUGGGGUGAGGAGGGAAUGUGAAUUAGAUUGUUCUGUUAUUUUUCACUGUAAAAUGUUGAGGGGGUGGUGUGGGAUUAUGGGCAGAGGAGAAUUUUUUUUAAGUUGAAUUUUUUAAAACAUUCCUCACGAAUGUAAAUUUGUACUAUUUAACUGACUCUUCUUGAUGUAAAAUCUUGUCAUGUGUACAAAAUAAAAUGUUCCCAAACACCA